GUGGCCAUUAAGAUUAUUGAUAAGACCCAACUGGAUGCUGUCAACCUGGAGAAAAUCUACAGGGAAGUUCAGAUCAUGAAGAUGCUGGACCACCCUCACAUCAUAAAGCUGUACCAGGUGAUGGAAACGAAGAACAUGCUGUACUUAGUCACAGAGUAUGCCAAGAAUGGCGAGAUUUUUGACUAUCUGGCAAAGCACGGCCGUCUCAGCGAGCUGGAGGCCAGAAGGAAGUUCUGGCAGAUCCUGUCUGCCGUCGAGUACUGUCACAACCGAAACAUCGUUCACAGAGACCUGAAGGCAGAAAAUUUGCUGUUAGAUGGCCACAUGAACAUCAAGAUUGCAGAUUUUGGAUUUGGAAACUUCUUCCAGCCUGGGGAGCCUCUGGCCACAUGGUGUGGCAGCCCGCCUUACGCUGCCCCAGAGGUUUUUGAAGGACAGCAGUAUGAGGGCCCGCAACUGGACAUCUGGAGUAUGGGGGUAGUGCUGUAUGUGCUGGUGUGUGGUGCAUUGCCCUUUGAUGGGCCCACUCUUCCUGUGCUCCGACAGAGAGUCCUGGAAGGAAGGUUUCGCAUCCCUUACUUCAUGACUGAAGACUGUGAGCACCUGAUCCGCAGGAUGUUGGUACUGGACCCGUCCAAACGUUUGUCUUUGACCCAGAUUAAGGAGCACAAGUGGAUGGCUCUGGACGUUCCUGUGCAGAGGCCUGUUCUGUACCAAAAGUCGCUGUCUGCUGAGGGUGAGGCAGGUGUGGGAGAAUACAGUGAACAGGUCCUUCGCCUCAUGCACAGCCUCGGCAUUGAUCAGCACAAGACUAUAGAGUCGCUCCAGAACAAAAGCUACAACCACUUUGCUGCUAUAUACUAUCUGCUGGUGGAGCGUCUCAAGGCGCAUCGCUGCAGCUUCCCUGUGGAACAGCGGCUCGACGCCCGCCAGCGACGGCCCAGCACCAUCGCUGAACAGACGGUCAUCAAGUCGACCAGCGGUUCAGCCCAGGUGGGUUUGCUUCCGCAGGGCGUUCGUAUGCUGCGCUCCCCUGCUGUUCCCCAAACCUCCUCCGACGCUUGCACUUUCCCACAGUCUGCAUCCCUGCUUGAGCAGAUUUUCAUGGUGGAGGACAUCAACACGCCCAAAGUGAACGGCUGCCUGCUGGACCCCCUACCUCCCACCACUGUCCUCCGCAAGUCCUCCACCUCGUCGCCUAGCAACAUGAUGGAGACAUCGAUCGACGAGGGUAUUGAGACCGAGGAACCCGACACAGAGGAUGAUCCGGCCCACCUGCUCUCAGCCUAUCAGACAGCUCGAUUUGGACAACGACGGCACACCUUGUCUGAAGUCAUGAAUCAGCCGGGCCCCUCAAACCAAGGUAAAUUCUUCGCCCUCGGCCACAACCCAUCCUCCAGUAGCAUGAACUCAGACAUGGGCUACGAUAUGGGGUCCGUGCAAAGUGACCUGGGUCUGCUGGAGGAUUCUCUCUCCUCCUUCAGCGAAGCGAUGCCAGCCAGCAGCUCCACUCCUGGCGUCACCCCUGCGCCCUURUUGAUGGCGAGGCCUGCCAACCCAGCGAUGGCUGUCCUGACUUCGCAGCACAGGGAGACGCACAACCGCUCCCCCAUCAGCUUCAGAGAAGGACGGCGUGCCUCUGACACCUCCCUCACACAAGGUUUGGUGGCGUUUCGGCAGCACCUCCAAAACUUGGCAAGGACCAAAGGCAUCUUGGAUCUAAACAAAGUCCAGAUGCUGGUAGAGCAGAUGGGCUCUGGGGAAGGGGCCACCGGGGGCCCUGUGGGACCACAGCACCACUUGCACAACCUGCUGGAGGGUGAGGCUUGCAAGCAGCAGGAGGGCCUAGCUUUAUACCAAGGUGAGCCCCAGCCGCCUCUCCUGUCCCGCAGACAGAGUUUGGAAACACAGUACCUCACUCACAGACUACAGGCCAACAUCUUGGCUAACAGUCCUGCUAGCUGUCAGCUUUUCUGUAAGGAGACUCCUCGAAGUUUAGAGCAGCAGCUGCAGGAACACAGGCUGAACCAGAAGAGGAUGUUCCUGCAGCAGCAGUCUCAGGGCAUGGGUCUGCAGGCUUACUUCAACCAGAUGCAGAUAGCUGAAGGCUCCUACCCACCAGGCAGUCCUGCUUCGGACCUGACGGUGCCCCCGAGUCCCCCCCAGGGCCCCUCCAUGUCUGCCAGCAGCCAGCCUCAGCCCCAGCAGCAGGGCAGUUCUCAGGCCUCCCCUCCCUUCAACCUGAGUCCCCUGCUGGAGCCCGGUGGGGGGGUGCUUUACGAUCCCUACAUGAGCCAUCACCACUACACCCAGCAUCUGCCCCACGGAGCUCCCCUCCACCCCCAGCUGCACCACCAACAGCCUCCCGAGGCCUCCAGCAGCGGCCUGAGCUUCAACUACCCCACGGGCUGUGAGCAGCAGCCCCUCGGACCUGAAACUCUGCUACCAGACCCGUACGAGUUCUCCCUGAACCCUGGUCUGAUGCCUCCACUUGGCCCAGGAGAGGCCGUUCCUGGAGUUCUGGCUGCCGCGGGGCCGUCGGACAGCCUGGGCAUGCCUGAGCUGCAGGGUUCUCUCCUGGACAGUGAGAUGAUGGAGACGGUGGACUCGCAGCAUGGCUUUGUACUGGUCAACUGAAGCAGGCUGAGCUGAGUGUUAAGUAGCAGGAACCUACACGACACGGAGAGCGGCGAGAACGGAGAUAUAAGUGGAGGUCACACGUAGCAGCAGGGAAGGAAGUGUUGACUUUGGUACAACUGAAACAAACUUCAUGUCUUGGUUGUGAUGAACCUCAACUUUUCUACCAAAAUCCUCCCUGAACCUACCUCCCUUUCUCCUUCUCCUCCUCUGCUCUGCCCUGCGGGGCAGCAGUGGGCCCCCCGGCGUGUGGCGGGGUGCGACCUUGGCCGUGCCGAUUCGGCCGAACGGCUUUCGUCUGUGAGACUGCGUCGUGCGGUGCGGGGGGGGAGCGUGAGUGCGGGACGCUGCACAUCCUUGAGGCUGCUGGGGUGCGGCGCCUCAUCUAGAAAUAUUCUGAAAGUGAACUCAUUUAGAACUUAAUGAAUUGCAACCAAAAGCACAACAGCUGACAGUGCUUUUUGUGUUUCAAAUAGGACACGACAACAAGACUGGUUCACGAACUUCUGUCGAUUUUUCUUUUUCUUUUAAGUUAGAAACCAGCUGAGCAAGAGAAGAUAGCCCUCAUUUAUCACGGUAGUAUGAUUAUCACCACAAAUUAAAGUGUUAAAGUGGGGUUUUUUGUGUAUAGUUAGUAAAGCACUAUAAUGCACAGACCAUCAGGGUGGUCGUGCAUCAGUUACAACACUAUUGCUUUAAAAAACAAAAGGUAACUUUUGUAUUUGCCGCCUCAGAUACCCUAAGUAACGCUACAUUUGUGCUGUCAGCUGAUAAAGUUAGAAUGUAGAUUCAGUUUAUGUGAUUUCCUUUUUGUUUUUUGUUUGUUUCAUAUUGUAACUACUGAUCAUGAGUUAGUUUGUACACUACUGAUUGCACAGUUUCAGUACACUCGAUACGAUGAA